UCUUAUUUUAUUUAUUCCACUGCACACACACCGUCGAUUUUACAACAUCUUGAAAUUUAUGGUGUUGUUUGUUUUGAUGGUGAACUGAAGACUAAAAUUCCACAUUUGGGCAUCUCCAGCUGUGCCCACAAAAUGGACAGAAGUCGUCGGCCAUUGAUUGCUCACUUUAAAGUUGCAACUGGAUUGGCACGCCACCUUCAAGUCGUGGCCUAAUGGUGUGUGUUUGAUAUGUUAAAAAAUCCAAAUCACAUGUCUUCGUUGGACUAGUCUCAGUUUCCGCACCUUGACGUAGAAGCCGGGCAAGUCUAAGUCGUGCACAAGUCUUGGUAACACCAACUUGUUUCCCUAUUUAUGUGAAUGUAAUGAGUUCUAGUUUUCAAUCGGAUUUAAACCGAAAGACGAAAACUACUACAAUUAAGGAGAGAAGUUGUUUCCUACUGUCGAGAAUGUUGUCAAUGAUACACUGCUUGUGUUAUACCUAUAUGAUGAUUAUGGCUAAUUACGUAACUAUAGGUGCAUUAGCAAUAGCUCAUACCAAUUUCAGCACAGAUCAGUCUACGCUUCUUGCUUUCAAAGCUCACAUCACUAGUGACCCUCAAAACAUCUUAACCGCCAACUGGUCCUCUGCCUCCAAUUCCAACAUUUGCAACUGGAUUGGCGUUACCUGUGGUGCUCGCCACCAGAGAGUCACGGCCUUAAAUCUCUCAUACAUGGGUCUUGCUGGAAUUAUUCCUCCGCAUCUAGGUAACCUCUCAUUUCUUGUUGAGUUGGGCCUUCAGAAUAAUAGUUUUCAUGGUCCCCUACCCCAAGAACUGUCUCGUUUGCACCGGUUGAAGGCGAUUAACUUUCAAAACAAUAGCUUUAUGGGAACCAUUCCUUCGUGGUUUGGGUCCUUCCCUAAACUUCAAACCUUCACAUUGGCCGAUAAUGGCUUCUCUGGUUCCAUACCCGUUGCUAUCUUCAACUUAUCUGCACUCAAAAUAAUUAUUUUGAGCGGGAACCAACUAUCAGGGAGCAUACCCAGAGAAAUAGGCAACUUAACAAUGGUGAAGGGCAUAUACCUUGACGACAACAAGUUCGAAGAACUUCCAAACGAGAUAGGCAGUUUACGUCAGCUGGAGGAGUUGUUUGUGCAGGACAAUGCCCUAAAAGGCUCUGCCUUUGUGCCUGUCCUUAACAUAUCUUCAUUGACUACUUUGGCUUUAUCUAUAAACAACAUGAGUGGUAGUCUUCCGGACAAUAUGUGUGAGCGUCUUUCGAGUAUUCAACGAUUUUAUUUGAAUCAAAACCAGCUUGACGGUCUGAUUCCCUCCAAACUGGGGCAAUGCAAAGAGCUUCGUGUAAUCGAAUUAGAGGAUAACAAUUUCCGUGGAAGCAUACCCAAAAGUCUUGGCAAUUUGACCCACUUAAGCAACAUUUUUCUUUCCAACAAUAAUUUAGAAGGUACAAUACCGGAUGAGAUUGGUGAUCUUCCGCAAUUAGAGGAUUUAAGACUGGGUAUUAAUAAUCUCAAUGGUGUCAUCCCAUCCAAACUCUUCAAUAACUCCAUGAUUAGAGUAAUAUCCCUUGUUUUGAAUCAGCUCUCAGGUGGCCUCCCAGCAAACAUAGGUCUUAACGUUCCAAACCUAGAAUUCCUUUCUAUAGGCGCCAAUAACCUCGCGGCCGGGCCACUCCCUAACUUCUCCAAUGCUUCCAAGCUCCGGGACCUAAGCAUGGCCAUAAACUCAUUUACCGGGUUUAUUCCCAUCACACUCUGUUCCUUGAAAAACCUCGAGCGUCUUCACUUGUUCUGGAAUCAUUUGACGAUUGAUGCUUCUACUCUCUCUUGCUUGUUUAAUCUUAGAAAUUUGACAUCAUUAGACUUGGGAGGUAAUCCAUUAAACAUCACGAUUCCAGCUUUUCGUGGGAAUCUCUCUACGCCACUCACAUAUUUUGAUUUAAGCAUUUCCAACAUCAGGGGUAACAUUCCCGUUGAUAUUGCCAACUUGAGCAGCUUGAUAGAACUACAUCUGGAAAUCAAUCAGUUGAGUGGAGCAAUUCCAACAUCAAUACAGAGGCUAAAAAAUCUCCAAGGUUUGUUUCUGUAUGAUAACAAACUGCAAGGACAUAUCCCGUAUGAACUCUGUCAACUAAACAACUUAGCCGUGUUAGGUUUGGGUCGUAAUCGGCUCUCUGGUUCUAUUCCUUCAUGCUUGGGUACCUUGGCAGUAGCUCUAAGAAAUCUAUCGUUACAAUCCAAUUUGUUAACUUCAAAAAUACCAUCUUCCUUAUGGGAACUCAAGUAUAUACUGCACCUAAACUUGUCAUCCAAUUCUCUAGUUGGACCACUCUCAGAAGACAUCGGAAAGUUGAAAGAUGUGGUGGAUAUAGAUUUAUCAAAUAACCACUUCUCCGGAAACAUUCCCGGUAGCAUUGGUGGUCUUCAAAAUAUGAUUAAUUUGUCCUUGGCAAACAAUUAUUUAGAAGGCCCUAUUCCCAGUUCAUUUAAAACCUUGCUAAGCCUAGAAUUCUUGGAUUUGUCCAACAACAAUCUAUCUGGAGUGAUCCCAAAGUCAUUGGAAGCACUCUCGUAUCUCAAGCAUCUGAAUUUGUCUUUCAACAAACUCCAAGGAGAAAUUCCAACCGGCGGGCCUUUCGGAAACUUCUCUGCUGAUUCAUUUGUAUCCAACGGUGCACUCUGCGGUGCUUCCCGACUCCAUGUUCCCCUGUGCAAAAAUAGAACAAAAGUUAAGCCAAAUUGGAGGAAAGCUAAAUAUAUCAUCUUGGGGGUCAUACCAGUAAUACUCCUAGCAACCGCUGUAUUGAUUUUGAUACUAUGCAAGAAAAGGAAUGUUGAAGUUGUAAGAGAAACUGCCUCGCUACAUCAAGUUCUUUGGAGAAGAGUUUCGCGUCUAGAACUUGUAAAGGCAACAAAUGGAUUUCACGAGAGUAACUUACUAGGCACGGGGGGUUUUGGCUCAGUAUACAGAGGAACACUUUCAUACGGGAUAGACAUUGCCGUCAAGGUUUUCAAUUUACAGCUAGAAGGGGCAUUCAAAAGUUUUGAUAGGGAAUGUGAAAUGUUAAGCAAUAUCCGUCACCGGAAUCUUAUUAAAAUCAUAAGUUGCUGCGAUGAACUUGAUUUCAAAGCCCUGAUACUUCAAUUGAUGCCUAAUGGAAGCCUCGAAAAGUGGUUGUAUUCUCCAAACUGCUCCAUGAACAUCUUGCAGAGGCUGGACAUAAUGAAAGAUGUUGCAUUGGCACUGGAAUAUCUUCAUCAUGGUUACUCGAUACCUAUCGUUCAUUGUGAUGUGAAACCAAGCAAUAUACUACUAGAUGAUGAUAUGGUUGCACAUGUUGCUGAUUUUGGCAUUGCAAGACUCAUCAGCGGUGGAGAUUCAUUGACAGAAACCAUGACCCUAGCCACAGUUGGAUAUAUGGCUCCAGAGUUUGGGAUCGAAGGAAGCAUUUCUACGAGUGGCGAUGUGUAUAGUUUUGGUAUUGUACUCAUGGAGACAUUCACAAAAAGGAAGCCAACGGAUGAGAUGUUUGAUGGGGAAAUGAAUUUAAAGCAAUGGAUUGUAGAUUCAUUAUUUCUAAAUGCUGCUAUAGAUGAAGUUUUGGAUGCCGAUAUACUUGGAACAGAGGAAGAUGGUGAUUUCCUGAGCAGGAGGGAUUGCUUAUCAUCCGUUAUGAGAUUAGCUUUAGCUUGCACUGCAGCAUUGCCGGGAGAGAGGAUUAACAUGAAAGAUGUUGCAAUCACACUCACCAAAAUCAAGACUAAGUAUUUGAAGGACUGUGAAGGAGUGAACUCUUAGUUCUUUUCGUUCUCUAUAUUUUUGGAUCCAUUUUCUUAUUGUUUUUUGGAUCUGCAAAGACUACAUUAUUUUCGUA